UAGAGUACUGAGUAGAAUUAGAAUGCGCUUGGUUGCGCUCGAUAAUUUAGUUAAGUCUUCAGAUAUUUAGUUUUCUAUCUAAAUGUAGGUCGAAUUAAGUUAUUUCUUUGUGAAAAUUGAUUAAGUAAUUUAUAUUAGUGACAUGAAUUAAUUUAGUACGAUCAAAAUGCCUGGAAUAAGAAAAUAUCGACGAGAUACUAGCGAAGUCAGCUGUUGUUUGAAAUAUGUUAUUUUUGGUGUGAAUGUGUUGUUUUGGUUCCUGGGCCUAAUAGUACUUGCUGUGGGUGUGUGGGCAUGGACGGAAAAGGACACAUUCAACAACCUGUCCCAGCUGACCAAUAUAGCACUGGAUCCAGCUUUCAUAUUGAUGUGUGCUGGGGCUAUCACAUUCAUAAUCGGCUUCACGGGCUGCGUCGGAGCAUUGCGUGAGAACACCUGCCUACUGGCCUGCUAUGCGGUGUUUUUGGCACUGUUGUUGCUGUCUGAGAUGACGACAGGAAUACUGUUCUUUGUGUUCAAAGAUUGGAUAAAACAUCAGGCGACGACUGGGUUCCAGACCUUCAUCACGCAUUACAGAGAAGACCCAGACCAGCAGAACCUGAUUGACUGGAUACAGGAAGAAUGGCUCCAAUGCUGCGGAGUAGAAGGCCCGCGCGACUGGGACCGCAACGCAUACUUCAACUGUUCGAGCGGCGCCGUUGGCUCCCGAGAGGCCUGCGGAGUCCCCUUCAGCUGCUGCCGCAACAAGCCGCAGGACAUCAUCCGCAACAAGCAGUGCGGCUACGACGUCCGCAAGCCGACCUAUCCGACCGAUCGCGUGAUCCACGAGCGCGGCUGCCUGGCGGCGGGCGAGGAGUGGCUGCAGCGCCGCUUCCCCGUGGCGGCCGCCGCCUUGCUAGGGCCCAUCGCGCUCAAGGUUCUCACUAGUUAUGAUAUUGCUAAGAUAAUACAUGAGAAAGGCUGCCUAGAGGCGGCCGAGGAGUGGUUUGACCGUAACUUGCUGGUGGUUGCUACGACCGCUGUUUGUACUACUUUUGCACACAUCCUCGGAAUAUGUUUCGCCCAAAACCUGCGCGCGGACAUUUUUGCUCAAAAAGCGAAAUGGCACUGACAAUCAGCCCCUCCUGCGGCCGUGUGACGCUCCCCGCGUCGCAGCGCCGACCCCUACAGCGCGCUCUACGCCCCCGACCUCGCCUACAGCGCGCUCUACGCCCCCGACCUCGCCUACAGCGCGCUCUACGCCCCCGACCUCGCCUACAGCGCGCUCUACGCCCCCGACCUCGCCUACAGCGCGCUCUACGCCCCCGACCUCGCCUACAGCGCGCUCUACGCCCCCGACCUCGCCUACAGCGCGCUCUACGCCCCCGACCUCGCCUACAGCGCGCUCUACGCCCCCGACCUCGCCUACAGCGCGCUCUACGCCCCCGACCCCGACCUCGCCUGCCACUUGGACAGGUGAACGGUGAACGGCCUGGGGAGACGACGUCGCCGAUGCCGAUGCUUGCUAGUUACGUAACGUUAGGAUAGAUGGCGCUGUUGUUAACUUUACUCGGAUUUAGAAAGAAUAUAAGACUAUUCUUAUCUGUGCAUUGCUGUAGUCGGACAAUAUUGUCAGUAUAAAGUGAAGAGAAAAUCAAAAACUAUAAAAUAAGUUCAGUGAUACGAAUUACAUGUAGGUACUUAACGAUAACGAAGGUUGUAAUUAUGUAUUGUUCCUAGUUGUUUUUUAUAUACCAAGCAAAUUGAGUUCAUAAAUACCUACUUAAUAUUCAAGUUUUUAGAGCUGAAAAGUUACAAUUAAAAUAAGUUGACACUUGUCUAUUAAUUAAAUCUGAUAUUCAGAGAAAGUAUUUCCUUGAGGCUUACCAGGAUCUGAUAUUAGGUACACGGUGCUACUGACAAUAUUGCCUGGCCAGAAAAAAAAAUAUACCGAUCCUUUCGUUUUAAAUCUGUUGUUAACAACUAAUAGUCACUACCUUACCUACUAUCGAAUUAACGUAGCUUUUCCCAAACUUUUACUUAAUAGCUUUUCACAACGAAUCCUUAAAUCCUUCACUUUCACCUCUUUCCUGAGAAUUGUUCAAGUUAUCUUAAUGGUGAUAAAGUUUUUAAAUAAAUGUUGAUGUCGUCAUAAUGAAUUAUCCAAUGUGUAAAUGACCUAAGCCCAAAGUGCAGUUUCUACAGCCGUGAUAUGAUAACGGUCACACUAGAUGGCGCUGACAUAAAUGCCAUUGAGGCAUCUAAUCUAACCGUCGUAUGUGGCAUUACUUUAUAUAAUAUCUAUGCUACUAUGCCGUAUAACCGUUGGAGAGCUUGCUUUUUUUUUAUUUAUUUUUUAUCACAAAGUGCAUAACAAUUCUCUUAUAAUUAUAUUCCUUCGAACUGUACGUACAAUCGUUACCAAAAGAUCUAACAAUACCCUUUUAAGGAAUAAACUAAAUAGGAAAUUGUCUGAACUUAAAAUAUGUGUUCAUAUUGGCCAACUGUAUUGUACUAGCCUUAAAAGAGCUGUGAAAAUAUAAGUAUCGAAAUAAUUAUAGAGUGAAAGUGAAAAGUAUUCGUCGAAGUUUGCAAAUAUGUUGCGAAAUAUAUUGAUCAGUAAUAAAUAAGUAAACCAGUAAUUAUUAUGAAAUAAAUUGUUAGUCAUAUUUCAAUUGACAAAUGAAAUUUUUGUUUAUAUUAAUAGUUUUAGUGGGAAUUAUGUAAUAUACUACUCUAGAUGAGUUUGCAUACUAUUGUAAUUGCCUUGCAAAUGCUUUACAAAGUGCUUUAGGUGACCUGUCGUCGGUGCGAGGGGUUGAGGCCCAGGAGAAUAAUGGCUGAAACUAGUAUUAUAAGAAUUAGAGGACUUAUCUGUACAAUUAUAAGAUUAACUGACGAAUAAUAGGAUAAGUAAUACUCAUUGCUUUAAGUUUACAAUCAAUUUUUAUAAGUAUUUAAAUUCGUUGUAAUUUUAUUUCUUUUGUUAUAUCUCAAAAAUAGUAUUAUAUUUAAGACAAUAUGUUGUGAUUCGAUCUUGACGACAAUCUCAAUUUGUUGCACAAAAUAUUAAUUAUUGUAUUGUAGUAGUGUCUAGUGGUAGGAUUUUUGUAGUUUUUUUGUUGUAUAUUUAGACAAUUAUGUUUUUGUACAUGUAUAAUAAGCAGUGGGUACCUACAUGAUAUUUCUUGUGCUGUUUGAUUCUCUUAUUAUGAAUGCAGCAUGUUUUUGGCAUCUGAUACUUUCCACCACCACAAACUUUCAUAAGACGUAUUUCAUCUCAUGUAGGUACCAUAUUUUAUACAAAAUCAGAUAGUGUUUUGAUUUGAUUUUGAUAUUGGAUAUUUAUUUUGUGUUGAGCGGCAAUCUACCCAACACUUGUCACUUAUUUGUGUGAAUUGUGACGUCGCGUCAAAAAAUAGUGACGCAUUUCGUGAUUCAUUAUUUUUUAGGGAAUUGUGUUGAUAUAAAAUAUAUACUUACGCUGUGUAAAUUAAAUUUCAUUUGAUAAAAACACCAUAACUAUUAAAAUGACUCGUACUUUCAAGAAAGAUUUAUAACAUGAAGCAUAUUAAUUAAGUAUAAUCACAUAUUUAUUGUAUAAUAUAGAAAGAGAAUAAUACAAUACAAUAAGAAUAAAUAAUAAAUAACAUAAUUAUUAAAACUAAUAAUAAACUAAACGUCGCGUCCCACAAAAGACAGCGCCCCCUCCGCCAUGGAAUCAAGGUCAGUCCGCCCGGCCUUUUCCCGUCCGUACAGCUCAAGCCAGGGGGCUACAGUAUGCAUGGUACCAUAUCCCUUCGUAUUAUCUCGUUGAUAGAUUGGUGCCUAGGAAAUCGCCCCGCGCACCUUUGGCAGCUCAAACUAUGGUGUCCGUUGGCUUCUACCAUUGCUCCGCAUCUACAGCGAUGAGCCUCGCACACACUGGUCCCCAAUCGGAAUGUCAUUGCUAUUCUUAACGAGUCGUUGUCUAGCAGUGUACCAAGCUGGGGUGAGGGCAGUGCAUGCAUCCAGGCCCCUGACUCUGGCUGUGCAAGGCGCAAGAGAUCGACACCAGAGUCGUCAGAUAUCAACGAGUUAUAUACACCUCUGCUCCAGAUGUCGUCCCAUUGUACAGCGGGGUCGUCAGGCCGUGCGUCGCCCGGUGUAGAUGCGGACCACUUUGCCAAGGCUUCUGAGACAAAUGGGACCGGGUAGUUGCCACCAUUAAGAACUAAUAUUCGAGUGACAAGAUCCACAGUUCCAUUCGCAGAUGCUAAAAGUGCAAUGAGUCCUGUCUUCGACGCGACGAAUUCCAACGCCGCCAUAUCGUAUGGGAAGGGUCGCCUGUAUCCACUAUAUGUCGGUUAAAUCGACGUUUAGAAUGAGUUGUAGGGUCGACUUUAAUUCUUGAUCUAUUUCUAGUAUUCAAUUUUGACCGCUUCUCAAUGCUCACUUUAAUUUAAUUUGAAACUGACAUUUCUUAAGUUCCAACAUGGUUUACCAAUAGUGAUGUGCGUGCCUGAAUUACGAAUAAAGUUAAAUAAAUAAGAUAAGCGACUUGUGCUAUCUGAUCUCCGAACUUUUGCUUCCUAAUUGCCGGUAUUGACAACCUAAUAAUAAUUAAUUAAUACAGUAUAGUAAUUCAGUAUAUUUUAAUAAGAUGCAUAGUUUAUGAUCUGAACUGCGAUAGUGCGUUUAUGCUUUAGUGUUGUAGUUAUUAUAGCAAUUGUAAAAAGUAAAACAGCCUAGUUGACAGAUCCACCAAGACCAAGCCAAGCUAAGUAUUUUUUGUGAAGCGCUAAACAAAUAUUUGUUAUAAAAAAAGUCUCCAGAACCUUAUUAUUGUUAAUGUUUAUAUCCUAUCUAAUUUCUCGUACUUGCUGUCGCUUAACACCUAAAGAUCUAAAUUAAUAUUUUAUUGUAGUCAACUAGGUUAACUUAUUAGCAGUAGGCCAAGCACAUGAUUGGCGCGACAGUAUCUCGCCGCGAGAUAGACUACCCGUCUUUUACUAACUGUAUGAAUUAAAGAGGGACGGGUAGUCUAUGUCCCGGCGAGAUACUCUCGCGCCAAUCAUGUGCUAGCCCGGCUGGACUUAAAUAUUCACUGCCUUGAGUAUAAUUAUGCAAAAAUUGUACACCAAAUAUUAUGACAACAUGUAAACCGACGAAAAAAUGAAAAGACGCAUUACCGGACCUACCGAGAGCUUCAACUAUGGUACUGUAUAUCUAACUCUGUCAUUCCUAUUACCUACGUAAGUCAGAGACGGAUAUAUUCGAUGUUCUCGGUAGUAUUCUAAGACAAGUUGAUAUGCAUAAUUGAUUUUAAGUUGCAUAAUUCAUUGCUCUGGCAUUUAUUAAUCGAAGUCAUUGAUUUCAAAUGAAAAGACGCAUUACCGGAAAGGUUGUCUGGAAGAGAUCGCUUUUUAGCGGUAAGACCGCCUGUUGUUACCUGGUUCUAUUUUUUCUUUAAAUAUUUCUUUGUAGUUUUACAUGUAUGUAAAAUGUAUAAUUUUGGUGCAAUAAAGAAUAUUUACUUACUUACUUACCGGACCUACUGAGAGCUUCAACUAUGGUACUGUAUAUCUAACUCUGUCAUUCCUAUUACCUACGUAAGUCAGAGACGGAUAUAGACGGAUAUAUUCGAUGUUCUCGGUAGUAUUCUAAGACAAGUUGAUAUGCAUAAUUGAUUUUAAGUUGCAUAAUUCAUUGCUCUGGCAUUUAUUAAUUUGAUUUGUUGUCAUUGAUUUCCUGAUAAAUAUUAUUUUUCUUGUUUGUAAUUCUAAGUACAUAUCUCAUAAUUUUACUGAAAUGAAAUAAAAAUUAUGAAUUAGGCAGCUAAAUAUAGUAUAACAGUAUUUGUACGUAGAUGUAGGAUUUUAUAUUGCUUUUAAAAGACGUACAGUAAUGUAAAAUAUUUUAUACGCAAAUAUAGUGUUUAUUAUUAUUAAUGACAAA